ACAUGCGUUGUGCAACUCCUCGAAUCCCAGCGCCCCUUGCACUAGGCGAUCCCACUGCUCCCACACGCCAUCACCACUCACGCCACAUGCCAUGCCUCCUCGCCUGCCCGCGUUAGCAGUCGUACUUUCACGCCACCGUCACCUCUCCGCGCAUUCCGCGCACACGCGUCCAGCAUCUCCUGCGCUCUCCGCGUGAUGUCUCCUCGCGCCACUCGCUGCUGCGCGCACCGUCCCUUCCCGUAGUCCUCUCUCCCCUUCCGCCUCUCGUUCCGCGCAUGGCGUUCGCCUCACCGCCGCCCGCCAACAGCACGUGUGGCGGGGGCGAUGGGGGCGGAGCGGGCGGCGCGGGCGCGGCGUGGGGGCUGCAGUACCUGUGGAACGUGAGCGCGGCGGGCGGCGCGUGCUGCGUGGCGCUCUUCGCCGCCGUCAAGCUGCGCGCCGACCACCGCCUGCCGUCCGCCACGCACGCGUGGCGCAAGCUGCGCGCCGUGUGGCACGUGACGGACGCGCAGAUGGCGCUGCUGUGCGGCGCGGACGCCGCCGACUACCUCAUCCUGCUGCGCUGCGUGUGCGCGCUGCUGACGGGCCUGCUGGUGCCCGCCAUGGCGCUGCUGCUGCCCGCCAACGUGCGCGGGCGGGACCCCUGGGUGUGCGACGACCUGGGCGCCACCACCAUCGCGCACGUCGCCCCCGCCGCGCCCGCGCUCUGGCUGCCCGCGCUCUUCGCGCUGCUGCUGCCGCCCGCCACGCACCUCGCCCUCCGCGCCUUCCGCCACCAGCGAGCGCUCGCCCGGGCGGGUGCGCACAGCAGGGAGGGGGGCGCAGGGGAUGGGGGGGGGGGAUGGGCGGUGAGGGGUAAGGGGGCUGAGGGCAGUGGGGAUGGCGAGAGCCCUCGUGAAGGUUACGCUGCGCUGCACAGCGUUGCCAGGGACGGCGCUGCUGCUGAUGGUGAUCCCUAUGGUGGUACUCAUCAUGAUGAUGAUGACGUGGACAUGACGGCUCAUGACGUGGCAGAGUACACCAUUCUCAUUCGUGGGGUUCCAAAAGGCUUGUCAGCAUGCCCUCAGGUCCUCCUGGAGUACUUCGACCGUCUGUACCCCGGGCGCACAGCCCGUGUGCUGCAUCCGCCCGACAUGGCGGCGGCGCUGGCAGCGCUGCAGCGCGUGGCCGCCCUCAGAGCGCGCCUGGCACACGCGCAGGCCAGAGCCGCACUGCAGGCCGAGGCGGAGGUGCAAGGGGGAGGGGCGGAUCUGGGGGGAGGCAGGGGGGGACAGGCACAGGCGCAUGCUGCUGCGCCCAGAGCUGUUGACGUGGCACCUGUGCACGAGCCACUCAUCUCGUGGAGUGGCCGGCAGGGGCCAGCUGGCAUGCAGAGGUUGGAUGGGAGUGGGGAGGGAGGGAUGGGAGGUGGGAGAGAAGAUAUGGUGGGGGAAGUAGGCGAGGAGGAGGAGGAGGAGGAGGAGGAGGAGGAGGAGGAGGAGGCAGACAGAGGGGGUAUGGGCAGGGGUACGGGUGUGACUGGUGGUGAUGGUGUGGCUUCGUCUCUUCUCGCAUGCUGCCGUCUCUUCCUGCCGCCCCAAGCAGCCCAUUCCGCCGUGCACUGCCUCUGCCUGCUGCCGCUCACCGCCCUUCACUCGCUCUCCCUCUCUCUCUCCCCGCUUCUCGCCUCCCUCCGCACCUCCCUCGCCUCCCUCCUUGCACCCAUGUCCGCUGCCUGGCUGUGGCGGGUGGGGGCGCGAGACUGGGAGGGGGAGGCGCGGAGGCUGGAAGAGGAGGUGCGGAGGGCGGAGGGGGAGGUGCAGCAGGCGCGGAGGGGCAGGGGGAGAGGGGCGGGGGUGGCGCUGGUGGUGUUCCGGGACGCGUUCACGGCGACCCGGGCUUUAAGGGACCGGCUGUGGGUGACCCCCCGGUGGCGCCUGGCGCCCCUCGCCACGGCCUCGUGGCGGGUGGAGCGCGCGCCGCCUGCCGCCAGCAUCAUCUGGCAGAACGUGGGCGGCAGCCGGGCGGCAAGGCAUGUGCGCACAUGGGUGGUGAAUGUGUGUGUGGUGGCGGCGCUGUGCGUGUGGUCGUGCCCGCUGGCGCUGCUGACCGCUGUGUCGUACGCCGCUCACAGCGUGGACCCUGCUGCUGUCGCCCACCUCAACGCCUGGCUCUCAUGGGCGCGCAGCAACAGCGGCGUGGCAGCCGUGGUGCUGCAGUUCGCGCCCAACCUGCUCUCCUUCCUCGCCAUGUACGUCCUCAUGCCCGCUGCGCUGCACCGCCUUGCGCUGUUUGAGGGGCACAUCACGACGUCGCGACAGCAGGCGGCGCUCUUCCUCAAGCUCACCACGCUCUACCUCUUCAACCUCUACGUGCUCAAGGCGCUGCUGGAGGCGGCGCUACAGUCGGCCAUCCUGCACUCGGCGCACUGCUACGUGGCGCCGGCGCACUGCCCGUCGCUGCUGCAGUGGCUCAACACCUCGCUCAUCGCCGCCUCCUCCCUCUCCGCCCUCUCCUUCCUCCUCACCUCCGCUCUGCUCGGCGUCUCCCUCGACCUACUCGCGCCCCUCGCAUGGCUCGCCCCACGCCUGCACCUCGCCACGCGCCGCUGCCUGCGCUGGGUAGGUGCGGUCACUGCCUUCAAGGCUGUGGGAGCAUGGCUGAGAACCGUGGUGGGCGGAAGGAUGCACGAGGGAGAAGGAGCGGUGCAGAGCGGUGCUUAUGUGACUUUGCCAGGGGAUGCUGUUGAGGGUAUAUGCGUGAAUGGCGAUGCUGAGACACGUGGAGGACGGCCGUUGGCUGACAUGGCUGAAGGUGCCCAUGGGGCGAGUGAUGAUGAGGAGGGAGGGAGUGAGGGGGGAAGUGAGAGCAGCAGUGAGAGUGACCUGGGAUUGCUCUCUCUGCUGGAAGAGGCAGGUGCAGAGACAGCCACACACUCUCACCUCCUCUCCCCGUCCACUCUCACUACUCCCCUCUCGCCUCCCUCUCUUUCCACCACACAGACGCCCAUAGCGCCACAGUCCAGCCACCCACCGCCCACUGUGCCCCUCUACAUCUACCCCCCAGCCCCAGCUGCAUCCCUACCAGUGGCCACUUCAACAGCACCACAACCUUCACUUUCACCAGCAGCAGCAGCAGCAGCAACAGCAGCAGGGCAAGCAGCCGCAGCAGGGCAAGCAGCAGCAGCAGGGCAAGCAGCAGCAGCAGGGCAAGCAGCAGCGUCCUUUUCUUCCAGACCAGACACAUCAGCAGCGGGGCCAGAGCCCCAGGAUCCGCCCAGGAAGCACCGCCCCCCCCUGCGCUUUGAUUUUGCGCAGUACUACGCGUACAACACCACGGCGCUGUGCGUGGUGCUGGUGCACGCACCCCUGGCGCCCCUCGUGCUGCCCGCGGGGCUGCUCUUCUUCUCCUACCGCCUCCUCGUCGACAAGUACAACUUCCUCUUUCUCUACCGCCACCGCCCCACCCACCACACCAACCACCACCAUGCAGCACCGCACUCAACCUCAUCCCAUCCAUCCCUGCUGCCCCCCUCGGCCCCUGCGCUGGUGUCAGAUGGGCGGCUGGUGCGCGCCGCAGUGGGUGUGGUGCGCGUGAGCGUGUGCGCGGCGCUCACCGCCCUCGCUGCACUCCUUGCAUUCAAAGGAGACCCCGAUAGGCUCCAGGCCAUGCUGCUGGGGUCGGCAUCAUUUGUCCUUUCUGUGAUGUAUGCUGUGGAUGGCCUGGUGCCAGUGCCAGGGAAGGGGAGCGUUGUAGGCGCACGAAGGCACAGUGGUAACCACGUGUUAUCAGAGAGACUGGUCAACAGGCCAACAGCGUAUGAGGUGUACUGGCAGCAAUUAUUGAAUGACGAGCAGUGAUUGCAGAGGUGGUUUGCAGAGGUGCUUU